GCACUUUUUACAGCACUGCAUUUGGGCAACGCCACAACUUGCGCAGCAGUUCCUCUCCUACAGCCGAACGGCAAUUUACACACUGAAGAGGCAGAGAGAGGAGUGGGGAAAAGGACCGCCUGCAUCCACAGCAUCCGUCUCUGUCGCCAGCAAUGGAGAGGGGGGUCAUUUUUUGGCCAAAGUGGCACAGCGCGCUUUGGUUUUCGCGUUUGAUGAUACUCUGUUUAUUUUAUGCCGCCAAAGCUGAGAUAACUUGCAGGUCAUGCCAACCUGGAAAUAAGUGGCGUGCGCAGCAAUUACUGCUGAAAUUUGACGCAAAUGAAUCUGCAAAAGAGUUUAAGGGUGAAGUUUUUGGACACGGGGACUGGGAAGAGAGAUCCGGGACUACAAGUGCCGAAAGUCGGCAGCUCGUUUGCGCAACUGGGACCGCUGAGUGCGCUUCAGAUCCGAAGGAGCUAAGGCUGAAACGGAAUACAGACAACUUGAACGCAAAAGGUGUAACUGGUGCGAGCGAGUAUGCAAAGAAUAAAGUUUCACACGUCAAAAUGAGUGGUCAGCAGAAAACUAGUGAUGGUACUGGUUUUAUCUCUGCCACACGGAACAGAAAGCGUCCCAGAAGGAACAGUGACAAAGAUGAUCCCGCUUCAGCCCAGACUCAAGACCCGGGAGAUGGAACCAGAUCGGCGGCUGGACGCAGAGUGACGCGCUCUGAAUUGCGCUGGAGCAGAGAGGAGCGGAGAGCCGUGGGUCCGAGGCAGGAGGAGCUAAAACUUAACAGUUCGACGUUUGCCCUGACCGGGGAUUCAUCUCACAACCAGGCUAUGGUGCACUGGUCCGGCCAGAACAGCAGUGUGAUUUUGAUGCUGACAAAACUAUUUGACUUCAACCUCAACAGUGUUACUGAGAGUUCAUUAUGGAGGUCAACUGACUACGGAGCAACGUACCAGAAGCUGAAUGACAAAGUAGGAGCAAAGACAAUACUCAGCUAUUUGUAUGUGAGCCCUAACAACAAGAGGAAGAUCAUGCUGCUAACUGAUCCAGAGGUGGAGAGCAGUCUACUGAUCAGCUCUGAUGAAGGAGCCACCUACCAGAAAUACCGGCUGAGCUUCUACAUCCUCAGCCUGCUGUUCCACCCUGAGCAGGAGGACUGGAUUCUGGCCUACAGCCAUGACCAAAAGCUCUACAGCUCGGUGGAGUUUGGGAGGAAGUGGCAAUUGGUGCAUGAGCGAGUGGCUCCUAAUCGUUUCUACUGGUCGAAAAUGGGUUUGGACAAAGAGCCAGGCUUAAUUCACCUGGAAACCAGCAUCUCUGAAGGACAGGCACUGUAUGUCACCUGCAAGCUGCAGAACUGCACAGAUGCCAACAAGGGCAAACCAUUCCCUGGCUACAUUGACCCCAAUUCUCUGGUGGUGCAAGAUGAGUAUGUGUUUGUCCAGGUGUCAACUGCUGGGAAGCCAAUCUACUAUGUGUCUGCAAAAAGAGAUGUCUUCACCCCCAUGAAGCUGCCCAAGUACACCCUGCCCAAGGACCUCCAUGUGAUCAGUACAGAUGAAAACCGUGUGGUGGCAGCUGUACAGGAGUGGAACCAGAAUGAAACCUACAACCUAUAUGUGUCAGACAUGUCAGGGGUCUACUACACUCUGGCUCUGGAGAACGUGGUCAGCAGUAUGGGCCCUGAGGGAAAUGUCAUGGUUGACCUCUAUGAGAUAGCGGGAAUAAAAGGAAUGUUCCUAGCCAACAAAAAGACAGAUAACCAAGUAAAGACAUACAUCACUUACAACAGAGGGAGAGACUGGAGGUUACUGCAGGCCCCGAGCAGAGACCUGAGAGGCAAUAGCAUUCACUGUGUGCUACCAUACUGCUCAUUACAUCUCCAUCUUCACGUGUCUGCAAAUCCCUACACAUCUGGAAACAUAGCCAGCAGGGAUUCAGCGCCAGGGAUCAUUGUCGCAUCAGGCUCAAUUGGCUCAGAGCUGACCACCAACAAUGUCAGUGUGUUUAUCACCUCGGAUGCUGGAAACACAUGGAGGCAGAUCUUUGAUGAGGAGUAUGCAGUGCUGUAUCUCGACCAAGGAGGAGCCUUAGUCGCAAUAAGACACACUCCGCUUCCCAUCCGCCACCUGUGGUUGAGCUUUGACGAAGGACGGCAGUGGAACAAGUACAGCUUCACCAACACGCCUCUGUUCGUGGACGGAGUGCUGGGAGAGCCUGGGGAAGAGACUCUCAUCAUGACGAUAUUUGGCCAUGUCAGUCAUCGCUCGGAGUGGCAGCUGGUAAAAAUUGACUUCAGGUCCAUCUUCAACAAGAGGUGUACAGAGGCGGAUUAUCAGACGUGGCACCUACACAACCAGGGUGAGCCGUGCCUCAUGGGAGUGAAAAGAAUCUACCGGAAGCUGAAGCCCACGUCCAGGUGCGUUAUGGGAAAGACUUAUUCUGUGUCGAUGACUUCAGGCCCCUGCGACUGCACAGAGGCUGACUUUGAGUGUGACUAUGGCUAUGAGAGACGGACCGAUGGCAAGUGCGCCCCCGCAUUUUGGUUCAAUCCAUCAUCCAUGUCCAGGAGUUGCACCACAGGGAUGACAUUCCUUAACAGCACCGGCUAUAGGAAAGUGGUCUCAAAUAACUGCACAGCUGGAGUCAGUGUAGAGUACACAGCCAGAAAGCAGCAGUGUCCGGUCCAAGCACCAAAAGGUCUCCACCUGGUCACCAGUGAGGGCACGCUGAUGGCCACAUUAGGCACUAAUGUCACCUUCCUUGUUUUUCUGGAGGAGGGUGACGGGGCAAGGACAAGCAUCACCCUGGACUUCGGAGACGGCCAUGCUCUGACAUAUUCCAACGUGAGCUCAAUUGAGGAUGGAAUCAAACACAUCUAUAAAGCUGUGGGAAUCUACCGGGUGACUGCCACUGGGGAGAACAGUCUCGGUUCAGAGACUGCCAUGCUCUACCUGCAUGUAACAUGUCAGCUGGAGUAUAUCCAUCUCUCAGCCCCCUUUGUGGCAGUGAGAAAUAAAGAGGUGAACCUGACUGCUGUUCUGUGGCCCAGCCAAGUGGGAACAGUCACCUACAUCUGGUGGAUUGGAAAUAACACAGAGCCAGUAAUCACCCUAGAGGGAAGUGUAGCAUGCACGUUUUCCCGAGAGGGCAUCACUACAGUCACUGUGCAGGUAUCUGCAGGGAAUACUAUUCUGCAGGACAGGAAAACCAUUGCUGUCCACGAAUAUUUCCGAUCUCAUCUGCUCACUUUUUCAUCGAACAUGGAUGACCACAACCCUGAUGUUGCAGAAUGGAGGCUGGAUAUGAGCCGGGUCAUCAGGAGUGCUCUGAUCCAGGCUACAGGUGUGAGAGAGGAUCAGCUUCUGGUCACCGUCCUCCCAGGUUUACCCACAGCAGCAGAAUUUUUCCUCUUGCCUGACAAACAGCUAACUGAGGGGAAACCAGAAAAGAGCUCUGCUCAUUUAGAUCAGCUUUCUGAGGUUUUGCUCAGCGCCUUGAAUCAAAACCUGGUCCAGUUUACAUUGCGGCCAGGGGUCCAAGUUACUGUAUAUGCAGCACACCUAUCAGCAGCACCCCUAGUGGACACGAGCGAGAACCACAGUGGCUCUGCCAUGCUAAUGCUGCUAUCAGUAGUGGUUGUGGGUUUAGCUGUAUUUGUCAUCUACAAAUUCAAGAGGAAGAUCCCAGGCCUCAACGUCUAUGCGCAGAUGCAGAACGAAAAAGAACAAGAAAUGAUGAGUCCAGCAAAUCCAACAGAGGCCAUGCCCACACCACAGCGGGACUUAGUGCAUUCUUUGGAGAUUCUGGACACAGAGUUUAACUCACGGCCCACUGGAUGUAUGAAACCUCAUGUACAUGUGAAAUUCUCCACAGAACUCCCCACAUACAUCGUCUGAACUCUGGACUGGAUUAUCACUCAUGGAUAUUCUUUACCAUUUGGGACACAAUGGUUUUGAGCUUUAUACCUGUGCAUGUUGGACCCUGCUGACACAUACUGUGCUCUGUUCAAACCAGAAAGAACUGUGUACAGGUUUUCAAUUUUAUUUUAACAUUAUGCCCAAUAAAUUAAAUAUUUUAAAUUGUUCAUUUAUUUAUACAAGCCAGAUACAUAAUCCAGAGGGAAAACCAACAGGAACUAGUGAAGUGAAAAAAUGUAAUACACAGCAGUGUUUUGAUUAUUCUUAUGUAUCUGAGAUUGGUUUGCUGUUCCAUGAAGCUAACAGCGGUAGUGUAUUAUUUAUUCAUAUGAAUAUACCUUUAUGAAGUCUGUUACUGAGGUGAAUUACACAUUUAUUUUGUACAUCAUGAAUGUCUAUGUUAGAAAUUUGUGUAUUUUAAUAACAAAUGUCAUACUAAACAGAAAUGCAGUUAUAAAAUAUGAAUAGGGUACUUGAUUUGAUAUGAUUUGAUUUGAUUUAUUCUUGAUUUAUACUUCAAAGCUUUUGGUCCACUGUCUUUUGGAAAGUUGAUUUAUGCACAAUACACAUUUUCUACUGAAAUGUAUCUUUUUCUGAUUUUAAUUUAUUAACAAAAAAACAGGGUUUUGUUUUCUGGAUUAAUUUAAACUGCGCUGUUAAUCUAAUGCUCCUUGUACUAUUUAUGAUACAUACCAGUUUGUAAAAAGUUUUGUGCUUCAGAAUAAGAGAUCCCUUGAUGGCUAAGGUGCUAGGUGAUGCCCAAAUAUCACCAGACACUACACCUUUUAGGUACAGAAGAAGAAAGGGGUAGUGACAGGAGAAAAAGAAAAGUACAAUGUAUAACUGCAAAAUUUAAGGUGGCAGUUGGAAUGAGGAACAGCUACUUUGUGGAAGAAUCCAAAGAGCGUGGUAGUGAGAGGGAGAGAGACUGAGAGAGAGGUUAAGAGAAUUGCAAGAAUGCUUUCUGGGGGUGUCACAUAUUAAGAGGCUUCUACUGGACAGAAUAAGAUGAGGUUGAUUUCUUGAAUACUUAAUAUGACCAGUCAAGUUCGAGGCUGGCUAAGGUUGGUGACACAUUUAGGCUAAUGCCCUCACCAACUCUCAAGCAGCAGCCAUCUUCAUCAUGGCUCAUUAAACUGUGCUGUAAGAGCAGGAGAACUAGAGCGCAGAUGCUACCAGGCUAUACAGAUGGUUAGCCUGUUCAGAGGGCUUUCAAUCCCUCUGGCACUUUAUGUGCAAAAUCCAACAGAUGUAAAUGCCUGAUUGAUGCCUUUCAAAUCUUCUGAGGCAAGUUUUUUGGAUCUAUUUUGUUUUUACUUUUGUGGAGUGUGGUUGCACAGCUUCUGAUAGUAUUUUCUAAAUCUGUUCAGUAGUAACUGAAUAAAUUGUCACAGUAGGCAGACCCACAUGAAGAGAGUGUAACUCUGGGCCCUACAGAAGAGUGAUGAUUAGAUACUUAGAAUUUAUGGAAUACACAGUGGUUGCUUUGUAUAGAUUGUUUCGUUUGACCUCCAUUUCAAUGAAGACCCACCAAAAACUACCAAGCAGUAUUACCCAAUAACAAAGGAACAGGAGAACAGGAUGUGGUCAAAACAUUUGGGUAUUUAUAUCCAAAAACUAUCCAGCGGAACAGCUUUGUAGUGAUUUGUCAAAAAAAAGACUGAAGAAAACUUGGUUGUCUUUAGCUGCAGUGAAAAAAUAUACGGAGAGAACAAAUACACACUGGGAGAAAUGGGGAGGUAGAUGUCGGCAGAAGCUCCAAUCUGCUGUGUAUAGUAGUUUGUAGUUGUAUGUUUUUUUUGGUAGAUGUUUUUUUUGGUUAAAUGACAUUUAAAAUUUGGUGUAAUGUAACUGAUUUCCAUCCCUCGUAACAACUAUUGAAAGCCAAAUGGGUCACGAUUCCUGUCCUUUUCCCUUCCUUCCGGUGUUUUAAACCUGUUUUAAUAUAGUUUUACAAUGGCAGCUAGGAUUUAUAAAACAGGGUUGCAAAUGGCAGUCGGCACUCUAUGCACCUGGCACAUGCACAGAGUGGUGUUCUCAAAUGCUGGCUGCAGAUAUUAAAACAGGUAUAAAACACCAGACAGCAGGAAAAAGGAGAUGAAUUGUGACUCCUUUGAAUUUUCAAUAAUGGCGUCUUUCCACUGCCACCAGGAACCAUUCUGUAUCCAUGCUGUGCCUGGAGUUGCAUCUUUCAGGUGUCAGAAAUAAAACCAUGCUGAAAUUGUACCAUCUGCCCCAGCUCAGAAGCAAGUCCUCUAUCCAACCUGGCCAUCUGUGUCACUACAUUCUGAUUGGCAAAGAGAAAACCUGAGCAACAGGAAGUAAAGAAGGAGACCCAGCCUCAUAAAAAAAAGAAAGAAAGAAGAAGGAUAUGGCAGUGCAUUAUGAAGAAAUAAAAGGAAGCCAAUACAACAGCUAUGUUGCUUUGUUGCAUGCCUACGCUUUUCAUCUGUUCUGGCCCCACAGAAGUUGUGCAAGAGCAAUGCUCAGGCUGUGCAGUAGAAGCACAAACAUGCAUUGGUGUUAGGAAGCCUGGACUAAAAGCUAGCCAGCUGGUCUGAGAACAGGAAGGUUAAUUGUGGCAGUUGGAAAACGGUUUAAGCAACACCAGUUGCCAGGGAGGGUCCAACUUGUGUCUAACCCUUGAAAAUGGAGCGGAAAGCCAUGAAACAGGGUUAGCUAACUGGCCCGAUAGACCCUGCAUCACAAUGUUGGUCUACAUAAGAAUUUGCAGGAAGGUGAACCUUUUUCUAAUGUCCCCACGAUGUUCAGCAAGUGUCAUGAUGUCGAGCUUAUACAGUAUACAACACAGUAGGUGCUUGUGUUUUGACAUGAAUCAUACAUAACACAGUGGUGUGUGUUGUCCUCAAAGAAUGACAUUUACAAGGACAUUCACUACGGCAUAUUACAGUGAUUAACAUUUUUUUAGCUGAGUUGUGAUAAAUCUGGUUAAGAAAAACUUUAUAUUUAAUGCUGCAUGAUAAGAUGUUUGUUUUGAGGGUACAGGACAGAAUUUGUUCACAGCUAGGAGGUGAUUUAUCUGGUUUAUUUACAUGAUGUACAAGGGUGAUUUAACAUGCUGGUGGUUGGACUUUUGUAAAUAAGCAACAAAAAUUCAGUGCCUCAGAAAUAUAGCAAAGGAAUAAUGAUUGGAUUCCCAAUGCUUAUGGAAAUUUAAGGAUUUUGUUUUCAAGACUGGCAAAGUAAGGGUGUAAAGUUAGACUUAACUCAUCUUUUGGAUUUAGAAAAUGAAUAACUUAGCCUGUAACCACUGUCCCAAACAGUGGCGCACUAAUCCUAACUUUAACCCCAGGGAACAGGAAAUGACUUCGAUGAGAUCAGGAGGUCUGUCAUAACAGGAGGAUCCAAGACAAAAAGACAGGAAGGCUUGCUAACAGGAGGGAUCUCUGGUCUUCUGGUUAGGGUGCGGGAAACAGCAUAAAUUGUAGACUAGCUUUGCUUUGAGCUACACUCUCUUCCUCUCUCUUCUGCUAUCUCCUCCUCCCCACAGAUUUACCAAGAUUAUUAUUUUUGUAGAGAAAUAUUAAUAAUAACAAAAAAGUUUUAUUACUGUACAGUUUUUGUAUAAGAACAGAUGGUAAGGUGUUAGUGUUUUUGUUUGACCUCAACUGUGCCGUGUAAUUGUUUUAUGCAUUUACAAUCAUAUUUAUUAAAUGGAAAGAAGUCUGUUAACUGUUCUCAUUUUCUUAUGAUAUUU